GUUUAUACUUCAUUGUUGUCUGCACUACCUGUCCGUUUGCCUGUGUCUAUCGGCGUCUGGUCUGGUGUGUGAGUGACACUGUAGUAUUGUACGAUAUUCUUGCCGGCUACAAUACACAUUCGUACGAAAUUUUGUUUACUGUUUUUCUUAAACAAAUUCAAUUCACGGCCACCGUCGUCAUAUUUCUCAUUCUCACAGGCGUCGCCUUAGUUAUUCAGUUUAUUAAUUUGAUCAUCCAUACUUAGCAAGAAUUAGCAAUGGCCGUGGAUAAAGGAGAUGCUCCUGAACAUAUCAAUCUAAAAGUACUGGGACAAGACAAUGCUGUGGUACAAUUCAAAAUUAAAAAACAUACUCCACUCAAAAAAUUGAUGAAUGCCUAUUGUGAGAGAACUGGUUUAGCUAUGGCUACAGUGAGGUUUCGAUUUGAUGGACAAGCAAUUAGCGAAGCUGAUACUCCGUCUUCACUUGAGAUGGAGGAAGGAGACACAAUCGAAGUCUACCAGCAACAAACUGGUGGUUUGAUUUAUUCAGACUUCUUCUUUUAACUACUUAUUAUUUUAUAUAACAUAAGUUUAUAUUUUAUUUAUAAAUCACCUUAUAUGUAAAUCAUCUUAGUUUUUAAAACCUCAAUUACCGCAAAAUGUCAUUACUUACAAAACUGGCCAUAUUUACAAAAAUUAUUUUAAAUAAUACAAAUUUAUUAUGAAAUAGAACGAUUUCAAGAAUAAACUACCUAAACCAGAUAAAUAUGAGGUGUAUAGAUCAGAUUUAAAAUAUUUAAUGAACACUUUAUAUGUAAACAAUUUAAUUCAUACUAUUAUAAUUAUUUUCAUAUUUCUCUAGCCUAAUAAUAAACUUUUGAUAUUUAUCAA